GGGGCUGAACGCCGUGUCCCCCCCCUUCAGGAAGCUGGGGUGCUUCCCCCCCGUCGUGUGCCAAUGCAAAGUCAUUUGCAGCAACCGGACCCUGUCCCUGAUGUUUGGGUGCAAGAAAUAUCGCUACCAAGAUGAGGACAGCCCGCCCCUGGAGCAGAGCCCGGCGCAUCUCCCCAACCAGGUAAAGGCCCCCGAGCUCGUCCACGUCUCGGAGAAGAACUUGUCCCAGAUCGAGAACGUCCACGGCUACGUGUCCCACUCCCACGUCUCCCCCAUGAAGGCGAAUUCUCCGCCGGUCAUCGUGAAUACGGACACCCUGGAGGCGCCGGCGUAUGUCAACGGGACGGAGGGGGAGAUGGAGUACGAAGAAAUCACGUUAGAACGGGGUAACUCCGGGUUGGGGUUCAGCAUUGCCGGGGGCACGGACAACCCCCACAUUGGGGACGACCCCAGCAUCUUCAUCACCAAAAUCAUCCCUGGGGGAGCCGCGGCUCAGGACGGCCGCCUCAGGGUGAACGACAGCAUCCUGUUUGUGAACGAUGUGGACGUGCGAGAGGUGACCCACAGCACGGCGGUGGAGGCGCUGAAGGAAGCCGGCUCCAUCGUGCGUCUCUACGUCAUGCGGCGCAAGGCCCUGGCCGAGAAGGUCAUGGAAGUGAAGCUCAUCAAGGGGCCCAAAGGUCUGGGGUUCAGCAUCGCGGGGGGCGUCGGCAACCAGCACAUCCCUGGGGACAACAGCAUCUACGUCACAAAGAUCAUCGAGGGGGGGGCCGCCCACAAGGAUGGGCGCCUCCAGAUUGGGGACAAGAUCCUGGCGGUUAACAACGUCGGCCUGGAGGACGUGAUGCACGAGGACGCGGUGGCCGCCCUCAAGAACACGUACGACGUCGUCUACCUGAAGGUGGCGAAACCCACCAACAUGUACCUCAAUGACUCCUACGCCCCGCCCGACAUCACCACCUCGUACUCCCAGCACCUGGACAACGAAAUCAGCCACCAGAGUUACCUGGGCACUGACUAUCCACAAGCCAUGACCCCCACCUCCCCCCGGCGCUACUCCCCCAUCCCCAAGGAGAUGAUGGGGGAAGAAGACAUACCCAGGGAACCCCGCCGGAUCAUCAUCCACCGCGGCUCGACGGGCCUGGGAUUCAACAUUGUCGGGGGCGAGGACGGCGAAGGGAUCUUCAUCUCCUUCAUCCUGGCCGGGGGGCCAGCAGACCUGAGUGGGGAGCUGCGGAAAGGGGACCAGAUCCUCUCGGUGAACGGGGUGGAUCUCAGGAACGCAACCCACGAGCAGGCUGCCAUCGCACUGAAAAACGCUGGCCAGACAGUGACAAUCAUCGCUCAGUAUAAACCUGACGAGUACAGCCGCUUCGAGGCCAAAAUCCACGACCUGCGGGAGCAGCUGAUGAGCAGCAGCCUGGGCUCCGGGACGGCCUCCCUGCGCAGCAACCCGAAGCGGGGCUUUUACAUCCGGGCGCUAUUCGACUACGACAAGACGAAGGACUGCGGGUUCCUGAGCCAGGCGCUGAGUUUCCGCUUCGGGGACGUGCUGCACGUGGUCGACGCCUCGGACGACGAGUGGUGGCAGGCGCGGCGGGUCCACCCCGACGGGGAGGGCGACGAGAUCGGCUUCGUGCCCAGCAAGAGACGGGUGGAGCGCCGGGAGUGGACGCGGUUAAAGGCCAAGGAUCGGGUGCCAGGAUCGGGCUCUCAAGGUCGGGAAGAUUCAGUCCUGAGCUACGAGACCGUGAUGCAGAUGGAAGUGCACUACGCUCGCCCCAUUAUCAUCCUGGGGCCCACCAAGGACCGAGCGAACGACGAUCUGCUCUCCGAAUUCCCCGACAAGUUCGGGUCCUGCGUCCCCCACACCACGCGGCCCAAGCGGGAGUACGAGGUGGACGGCCGGGACUAUCACUUCGUGGCCUCGCGGGAGAAGAUGGAGAAGGACAUCCAGGGCCACAAGUUCAUCGAGGCCGGACAGUACAACAGCCACCUGUACGGGACCAGCGUCCAGUCCGUGCGCGAGGUGGCCGAGCAGGGCAAACACUGCAUCCUUGACGUCUCGGCCAACGCGGUGCGACGGCUCCAGGCCGCCCAGCUCCACCCGAUCGCCAUCUUCAUCCGGCCCCGGUCCCUGGAGAAUGUCCUAGAGAUCAGCAAGCGGGUAACGGAGGAGCAGGCGCGGAAAGCCUUCGAUCGAGCCAUCAAACUGGAGCAAGAAUUCACAGAGUGCUUCUCGGCCAUCGUGGAAGGCGAGAGUUUCGAGGAGAUCUACCACAAAAUCAAACGGAUUAUCGAGGAACUUUCGGGGCCCUACAUCUGGAUCCCGGCCCGGGAGAGGCUCUAGGCACCUGCCCCGCGCGGGGCGACUCCGGCCUGACCCAGACGAUUGUGGACACGGAACUGAGCCGUUGGGGGUCACGUUUCGGGGAGGAGGGGGCGGGGGGGGGCGGGGGCGGCGCGAGAAGGGCUGUUUCUUUCUUCUCCUUCCUUGGGUUUCUUUUUGGCGCAAUCCUUCGCCUGGCUCCUUCCCCGGCCCCGCUCCCGUCUCAAUGCACCCCGCCCGCCCGCUUCGAGGAAAGCGCUUUGUGCAUGCUUUGUGUUUUUUCGAGAGGUGUUGGCUUGUGACGUCUGCGCUUCCGGAACUUGGCUUUUGCCCCCCCCCGCCCCCCCCCGGC